AUCCGACCCAAUACGCCUGAAGUUAGAGUUGAAAAUGGUGGAGAGACCUAAGCCGAUUCCCGUGAUGGCGCUCCGCCGUACAGGGCCAGCAGCACCGGGCGUGUGAAUGUGUGCGGGGAUCCCGGGGAGAAAGAGGAAGCGGCCCCUCGGCUGCCCUCACACCGUUUAUCAGCAGCCGAAGCGCCCGGCUUCUUGUCGGUACGCCGCCGGUCUGCCCGGUGUAGCCGAGGUAAAUCGCUUUGGCCGCCGCCGGACCCCAGACCGCCUCCAUAGCGCCCCCUUCAGCCCGAAAACUUUUCUCCCGGAGUGAUUUCCUCCGUUUUCACUUCCUGUUUUCGGCUGGAGUCCCUGCGCUCGGCUUCUUUCGUUUCUGCCUCUCUUCUUGUCCUGUUUUCCUCCUUUUUUCCUCCGUUUUUCUCCGGCUCUCUCGUCUCGUCUCCCCCGGCGCUGGAUCCUCUUUCCCUGGACGGAGCGCGAUGCGCAAUUUGGACUUUGGCUCCGGCGGACUUUACGCGGAUUUUCCCGUCUUCCCUCACGCUCCGGUUUCUCUUUUUAAUUCAGUAUAAUGUUGACUUCGUCCUGUUCGGCACGUCUGGCUCCGGUUACGACCGCAGAGACUGACUAGCGGGUUAGCCGGCUAGCUGCCUCCAUGCCGCCUGCCGCUCCUCGUCGCGCUUUCCCGACUUUUAUUUUUAAUUUAAUUGAACUUUUAGUAUUAAUUUAAUCCUCCCGUCCGGAGUCGCCAUGUCCGACCUGCAGCGCCCGGCCCUGUGCUGCUGCCGGAAGGCGCCGGUGGAGGGCGGCCCGAGUCCGUGUCCGGAACGUUGCCAGCGGGUUGAUGUCGCCUCGGCGUCCAACUUCCACAGCUUCAGGCUCCGCCACUUCCACCUGGACCUCCGGCUGGACUUCGCCGCCAAGGAGAUGUCGGGCCGGCAGGUGCUGGAGCUGGUGCCGCUGCAGGCCGGGGUGCAGACGCUGGUGCUGGACGCGCACCCGUCCCUGCUGGUCCACUCCAUAGACUGUACGGUGCCCGGGGCCGCCGGCUCUCCGGACCGCUGCCUGUCGCUCACUUACCGGCUGGACCCCUUUACCGACUACGGCUCGUCUCUAAUCAUCAGCCUGCCGGCUGCCGUGGUUCGACCGCGGCGGACUUUACAGAUCACGGUCCGGUAUACCACGACGGACGGACCAGCGAUAUGGUGGCUGGAUGCGGGGCUGACAUCGGGGCAGACGAGCCCGCUGGUCUUCACACAGGGCCACUCCGUGUGUAACCGCUCCUUCUUCCCCUGCUUCGACACACCGGCUGUCAAGAGCACCUACUCCGCCACGGUCCACGUUCCCGAGGGAGUGACGGUGCUUAUGAGUUCCUCACACAGUGCCUACUCAGAGCAGGACAGGGCGUUCCAGUUUUCCAUGGAGUUCCCUGUCCCGGCCUAUCUGGUUGCCUUGGUGGCAGGAGAUCUGCAGCCAGCCGACAUUGGCCCCCGGAGCCGUGUGUGGGCAGAGCCCUGCAUCCUCACUAGUGCUGUCAGCAAGCUAGGGGGCAGUGUGGAGCGCUGGCUGGCCGUGGCGGAGGGGCUGUUCGGACCCUAUGUCUGGGGCAGGUAUGACAUCGUGUUUUUGCCACCCUCCUUCCCUGUCGUUGCCAUGGAGAACCCCUGCCUAACUUUCAUCAUCUCCUCCAUCCUGGAGAGCCACGAGUUCCUCCUGAUCGACGUCAUCCAUGAGAUCGCCCACGGCUGGUUCGGCAAUGCCGUGACCAACGCCACGUGGGAGGAGAUGUGGCUCAGCGAAGGACUGGCCACAUAUGCCCAGAGACGCAUCACCACCGAGGCCUACGGUGAGGCUUUCACCUGUCUGGAGACCAUGUUCCGUCUGGACGCUCUGCACCGGCAAAUGAGGCUUCUAGGAGACACCAACCCAAUGAGCAAGCUGCAGGUCAAGUGUGAACCAGGAGUGAACCCUAGCAGCUUGAUGAACCUCUUCACGUAUGAAAAAGGCUUUUGCUUUGUGUCCUACUUGUCUCACCUGUGUGGGGACAUACAGAGCUUUGACAGCUUCCUGAGGAGCUACAUUCAGCAGUUCCAGUUCUGCAGCGUGGUGGCAGAGGACCUGCUCAACCUCUUCCUGGGUUUCUUCCCCCAGCUGAAGGAGAGGGAAGGGUUGGACUUUGACCGCUGGCUGAAUGAAUGUGGCCCCCCUCUCUACGAGCCGGACCUCUCCGCGGGGGCGAUUCUCACAGAGCCUGUGCAGUGCCUGUGUGAACUUUGGGGGGAGGAGGUCCCCGAACCCCAAGCCAUCGCCAGCUUUGACCUGUCCUCCUGGAGCACCUUUCAGACAGUGCUCUUCCUGGACCGCCUCUUGGACCGAUCCCCCCUUCCUCAAGUGAUGACCCACCUAUCGUGCUGCUACUCUGCCCUAUUGGACGGCAUGAAUGCCGAGGUGCAAAUUCGCUGGCUGCAGAUUGUGGUGCGGAACAGGUUCUACCCAGACCUGCCCCGGGUCCGUAGCUUUCUGCACAAACAUACCUCCCGUAUGUACACGGUCCCGCUGUACGAGGAUCUCUGUGCUGGGGUGAUGAAAUGCUUCGCUGCGGAGGUCUUCUCUCAGACUCAGGCCAGAAUGCACCCCAACCUGCGUCGAACCCUGCAGCAGAUCCUGUUCCAGAGCAGCACCCCUCCCAGUGAGACUCCUUUGCCUUUGCUCCCCGUCACCUCCCCUGCACCAACCCCCACCCCCACGGACAUGCCCAGCACGGGCUGCAUCUCCUUGCGAAACGUCAACGUGUCUGCCUGACAGAAGACCUGGUCAUGUGUCCUGGACCGGGAAUCCUGAUUGGAUGAAACUGGACCAGAAUAGUGACACAGACUCGUCCUCCUUUAUUUAUUGCUCUGUACCUGACACUCGUAGGCUAAACCCUAAAGCUCCUCUGGGUUUCCUUAUCACACGUGUUUGGUCACAGUCCCUGGAGAGAGUGUGUGUGCUGUGUUAUGCUGGGUCAUGCCCAGGAGUGGAAAGCUCAUGUUCAGAAAGUACAAAUCCAGAUCAAAAUUUUGUUUCAACCAACCAGUUGAGUAUAAAGAGCCACAGUCACAGAGUACUCAACUGAUUGGUUGGAACAAAAUCAUGGUCUGGAUUUUUACGUUCAGGACCUGAAAUUUCCACCUCUGGCCGUGCUGCUAUUAGGACGUGGGCUUCCUGUUAUAGAAUGGGACCGAGUGUCAUGGACCACUUUACAGUCUGUUGUUAAGGGUGGAGGGAGGUGGCAAUUAUGGUACUUCAGUCUAGCAGGGGAUCUUCAUACAUGGCAGUUUUAGCUAAAAGAAAUUGACUGACCCUUUUCUUCUGGUAAACACUACACUGUGCCUUGGGUAACUAGAACAUUGAUGUAUAUUAACAUGGGGAUCAAGCCACGGAAUUCUGACCACCUUAGUGCCUUUUGGACCCAGAUCACUGUGAAGCUACGCUCCUGUUCUCCUGUAAGCACAGGCCUCCUGUGUCACAUGGCAAUUGAGUGGAUGAUGAAAAUGUAGCUUUUUAUGAUGGGGGAGAGCGGAGUCAAGUUAUAUUAGGAGAAAGUGAAAGCUUCUGAAUCCAGUAAUGUCCUUAAUUCUGUUUCUUUUGUGGAAUAAUGUCAGGAAUGAAGGUUAUAUUGAGCUGCUGUGCUACUAACCCCCCCCCCCCAGCCUGAGGAUCCUCCGGUCCAUCUCUUGUUGAUUUGCACAAAGGGCAACACCAGCACGUUUUGGCUGUGUUCAUAUAAUUAAACAGGAUUGCCGUGUA